UUCUGCCUGUCGCCCCAAGAUGGCGGACACAAUGAACCGGCGCCGCGCCGGUUGGCCCUGAGGCGACUCUGUGGAGGAACGGUCGCCUAGGCCCCACGGUCCAGGCAGAAGAGUAUCGCCAGUGCGAGAGGGGAAGGAGGCGGACUUACUGCUCGCAGCCCUUCCGCUCGCCGCCAGUGCGGCGCCCGCCCCGCCCGGGUUGGCCCUCCGCAGCCCGCCCGCUCGCCCGCCAUCCAGCCCCGCCCCGGCCCUGCGCCGCUGCCGCCUCCAGCAGCCGCCGCCAUGAAGCUGACCGACAGCGUGCUGCGGAGCUUCCGCGUCGCCAAGGUGUUCCGCGAGAACUCAGACAAGAUUAACUGCUUUGACUUCAGCCCCAAUGGCGAGACGGUCAUCUCGAGCAGUGACGACGACUCCAUCGUGCUCUAUGACUGCCAGGAGGGCAAACCAAAGAGAACCUUAUACAGUAAGAAAUAUGGUGUGGACCUCAUCAGAUACACGCAUGCAGCAAACACAGUCGUUUACAGCUCUAACAAAAUAGACGAUACUAUCCGUUACCUAUCCUUACAUGACAACAAAUACAUCAGAUACUUUCCUGGACAUAGCAAAAGGGUGGUGGCCUUGUCCAUGUCACCUGUGGAUGACACUUUCAUUUCUGGGUCUCUUGAUAAGACUAUUCGACUCUGGGAUCUCCGGUCUCCUAACUGCCAGGGCCUCAUGCAUCUUCAGGGCAAGCCAGUUUGUUCUUUUGAUCCAGAAGGGUUAAUUUUUGCUGCAGGUGUCAACUCUGAAAUGGUCAAACUUUAUGACCUUCGUUCUUUUGAUAAGGGACCAUUUGCAACAUUUAAGAUGCAGUAUGAUCGGACUUGUGAGUGGACAGGACUCAAGUUCAGCAAUGAUGGCAAGCUUAUACUCAUCUCCACCAACGGCAGCUUCAUACGUCUCAUUGAUGCAUUCAAGGGAGUGGUGAUGCACACAUUUGGGGGUUAUGCCAACAGCAAAGCUGUCACACUAGAGGCUUCAUUUACUCCAGACUCUCAGUUUAUUAUGAUUGGUUCAGAGGAUGGCAAGAUCCAUGUUUGGAAUGGAGAGAGCGGUAUAAAAGUAGCUGUACUGGAUGGUAAACACACAGGCCCCAUUACCUGUUUGCAGUUUAACCCCAAGUUCAUGACUUUUGCCAGUGCGUGUUCCAACAUGGCCUUCUGGUUGCCAACCAUUGAUGACUGACCCUGAUGCUACUCAGCUAUUUCUGUAUAAUGGGGGUGGCCAGCAGGAAAAACUCAGAGUGGACUGAGAUAAGUGGGAUUGGAUCAUUUGACUGGGCUGGACAACAUCCUUUCACAUGGCCUUCCCAUGGAUGUGCUGUACAUCUGCUCAAAAGAAAAAAUUACUUUGUUGAGCUUCUUCAUAAGAACUCUUGGUGCCACCGACUCAGUUGGGACUUAGCCUUUCCAGCCAUCAAUGCACCAGGUUCCUCCAGAGUGACCAGACUUGUGAUUAGGUUAUAGUGGGGCUCUCAAAAGCACCUUCAGUUUUGAAUGUAUUUGCUGCUGAGGAGCCAAUGAAGUCUUCAAUUCUGCACAUCCCUUCUCCCAUCUCCAUAAAUGCAUGGGAAGCCACAGUUCUGGUUUUAAGAUGCUUGGGCAGCUCAGUGCCCCUUGCCCUCACCCUGCAUGUCUUGUUACUGGGUCUCCCUGUGUAAUUGUGGCAUUAUUCCACAGCCAUCAUAUUUGUUAGGUGCCAAACAUUUACAGAAAUAAGUCUUCAUAUACCUUGGGGUCAAAGAUAGGGACAAAUACAGAAGGACCUUGCUUGUCAGGAAGUUGUGCAGUUGUCCUGUAAGGGUGGGUGGUCUGGAUAGGCCCCAGGCACUGGUGUUGGGUAGGAAAAGGCUCAAGAACCUAAAAGGGAGGGAAGGGGUAGCAUUGUGUUCCUCAGGCUAGAAGGUUUAGCAGCAGCCUGGUGCAGUCCCAUCAACAAGAUAAACCUACAGUCCUGGGUGCCUACCAAGCUUGGUUUGUACAAAAGCAAGGUAGGAGUCUAUUUUUGUACCUGAGAUGCAUUGCUCUUUUCCUGUGGGCCAGUAUUGUGGAAUGAGUCUGAGUUGUUUACACUGAUGCCUUCCUUCCCUGUCCACCACAAUUGUGUACAUAGUCUCCAGGUGACACCCCCCUUUUACCCAGCUCCCACUGAAGAGUUGGUUCUAGGCCUGUGUUAUAUGUUAUAUUUAGCCUUUUAUAUAUGACCUUUGAUUUCGGUUUGUAUUUUAGCACAGUAUGUGCAUCUUCAUUUAAAUAUAUUUGUGCAUUCAUAUAUGCAUAUAUAUGUAUGUAGGCAUAUAUAUGUAUGUAUGUGUGUGUGUAUAUAUAUAUACAUAUACAUAUAUAUAUAUAAAAUCACCUGUAGCUUCUCAGUUCAGCCGAAGAAGGUGGAGUCCUGCAACCCAGGAGAAAGACUGCAUCCUUGCUAAUAGUGUUUGCCACAAGUGUUAGUCUUCCCUGUUACCUUUUUUCCUUUGGGAAACUAAAUAAAAGCAAAGCUUCUUGUGUUUGCUGUUUCCAUGGCAGCUAAGUGAGGGUCUUGGGAUGACUUCCUAUGUUCCUCAAGCCGCACUUUGGGGUCCUCUCUGCAGUAUUAGUCUCUUUUUUGCCUGGUGGUGCUCUGUCUGCAUCUGUAUAUGUCAUAGUCAUUUGCAUGGCUUCUGUGCCUGGCUUGCAGCAUUUAGGGACAGGAUGCUGAAACCAGAGCACUUUGUUUGUCUAAGGCUUCUUACCAAUUACAGGUUACUCCCACUUAGUAUGGCUACUUUCUUGCUCUUUUUCUUGCUUUUUCUUGAGAGGAAGAGGUUUUAGCUAGGCCCAAGUUGGGAUGCUCUGUAUCCAGCCCAUGGCCUUUUUUUCCCCUGCAUGGCCUUCUUAAGAGCAGACCAAGUGGCAUGUUACUUCCUUAAGUAUCCAGUGAAACAUUUUAUUGCAGACAACACUCCAUGCAGAUCCAGAAACUGAGGCCCAAUAAAGUUAUGACUUGCCCAAAGGUACAUAGCUGCUAGGGUAAAUCAAGCCAUCACUGCUUCUGUUUAGCAGCAGAUGUAGGCUGUGAAUCACUAGCACUUUCUCUUUUUUUGUUGUUUGUUGUUUAAGCAAUUACUCUUGACUUUUUAAUCAAAGGGAAAGGGCAAAUAGGCAUACACCUUUCCCAAGAGUAGACUGGAAUCUGCAACUGCUACCAUGCCACCCACUGUGUAGCUCUUCCUUCCCAGAAUGGAGGGAUUCUGAGAAACCAAAUAAUUUGAGCUGUUACUGCCCUCCCCUGGCUUUUCAGGGUAGAAAGUUCACAUUAGGAACGGUCAGAGAUGGUGCUUGAAACUGAGUUAACAAGAAAGGCUGUAUAAUUUCUAUAUAUGUAACUAACAGAGAAGGAACUCUCCAGUAGUAGGAAUAUGAUGUGUAUUUGAGUUCUCAGAUGUCCAAAGCUGAGGCAUCAUGUCCUUUGAAAACAUGUCACUUCACAGCCUCUACUUUAUGCCCUGUGGAGCAGAGUUGGGGAGGAAUAGACAAGAUUAAGCUGGAAGUGUGGCUGGGAUAAAAGGGAAAGAAAGACUGAGAGCUGGCCCUGAGUAAUGUAUUGCUGGGAGCUGGAGUUAGGGCCAAAGCCACUGCUUUGUAUGUGACAGCAACACUGAACUGCUCAACCACCAGCCAGUGGGGAUAUUUUUUAAAAGUUAUUCCCUAUUUCAAUCUUAAUUAGUGCUCAUUAAGGAUAAUUGGGGGAAUUUUAAAGAAUCAAUUGGCCACCCAAAUAGUACCACUGUUAAUCUUUUGGUGUUAAAUGUUCCUCUACACAUUUCUGUGCAUAGGUUUUUGGUGUGUUUACAUAGUUGUUAUUCUACUGUAUAUACAAUUUUAUGUCCCUUUUGUACUUAACAUAUAAACUUUUUUUUCCAUGUUAA